AUGAUUGCCUACGAUCUCACGCUGAGGCAGAAACGACCACGUUCAAUGUUUCUCCACAGAGCUGACUUAAGCCUUCGUCCCCGAGCGAAAUUUCGUGUUUCUGACUAAAAUAAAGUUUGUUUACUUCGUGGGAGAGUUGGAAAAACAUCACAUCCCCGAGCAUGAUCAACACCAUGGAGUGUGCAGUGGAUGCACAAAGUCUAAUUUCGAUAUCUUUACGGAAAAUCCACAACUCCCGCACGCAGAGAGGGGGAAUCAAGCUGCACAAAAACCUGCUGGUCUCAUACGUGCUGAGGAACGCCAGGCAAGUGUACAUGAACGAGAAGUACGCAGAGAUCUACAGGAUGCAACAAUACGAGGAGGUGAUGACCGUCUGCAACGAGAUCCAGGAGCUAAACCCGCUAGAUUUGGUGGAGGACUGCGAGGAGCAGACAGUGGACUGCUGCGGCAGCGCGAGCGAGUCGGCGAGCCUCUGCGGCGCGCUCUUGCCCGUCAGUCACCAAGCGUCUCCGGUGCAGCACAUCCAGCCUACAAGCGCCUGCUCGGUGCCCAUGCCUCUCCAAACCGAAGAGGUCUGCAAAUCUCCGGAUCCUUCAUUCUAUCGCAGCUGUUGUGCGGAAGCCUACCCCGUGUCAAACUGUGACUUUUCGCCAGUAAAUACCAUGCACUGCAACAAAACUACAGUGCUUGAUUUGGACACGCAUGUCGUUACAACAGUAGAGAACGGGUAUUUGCAUCAGGACUGCUGCGCUUCGCUCCAAGAGUGCUGCCAGGGCGCACAGAGCCCGGCCAAAAAACGCAAGCUUGACUUUGGUUACUACGUGUCCGAAAUCGAGGAGGUACCGGAUUUUACGCCGUGUAAAAGAGCGAAAUUCUGCGAGGACUCUAUAUACGCAAACACGGAGCCCUUGGACACAUCGAACAUUUCCAAUCUCAUUUCGAUCUUCGGCUCGGGCUUUACAGGACUGGUGAGCAGACAAGCGGACUUGGAGCAAGCCUUAAACGGACAGUUCUGUAGCAAACAAGCCCUGGCGAGUUUAGGGGCUUGGACGAGAGCUAUUGUAGCCUUUUGACUCUGUGGUAGUUCAUGAGAAUACAGAUACUUUACGAAAUUGUACAAAGUCUAAGACAAAUUGACUUUUAUUUUUGCAACAAAGUUAUUUAAGCGUUUUUUAUUUUGUUUCUUGUUUCGUUUCAUGGGGUGAGGCGAACAGUGGUUGUAACCUGCCACUCGUGAUGAUGUAUCCUUUAAAACAAAUGAUACGAUAUUACAAAGGUUGAAAUAAUCGAACGAAGUUGAAUUUCGUUGCCUUAAUAAACCCAACGCAAACUGCUAGCUAGCUAUGGCCACAAACAAGGAAAGUCGUUGAAUGUUUUGCUCGAGGAUUGUUUCUUUUAUCCUACCCUUUCCAGUUUCUCUCACAGGGAACUUUCACAAAGAUGUAUUGUAAAAUAACAUUACCCGUGUGUAAUGCUGGGAAUAACAGGCAGC